UUCGCGAUACUUUUCCGUUUCAGCUCAGUCUGCACCCAACUGCGGAGUUGGCAAGUUAAGUUUCUUUAAGAUAAAAUACAAAUUUGUGACUCAUCGCCGGCGAAGUGUGGUACAUUUGGUCUACAUUAAACGCGUCAAUACGAUUUACGCUCGACCACGAAUAUUAAAUAACGCGAAGGUGUGUAAAGAGCCGUUUGUAACUUGUUUUCAUUCGGUUGGCUAAUAUUGUUAUUGUUUUUUUUAUUGUGUUUCUUCUGCAUAAUAAAGUAUUCAAGUCAAGCUUGAAUUAAAACACAAACCAAGAUACCUUUACAUGCAUUAUUGUUAAAGACAAGAGUAAAUUUGAAAUUGUUAAGUUGUGGAACCUGUUGUACGUCGUAAGGGGCAAUAAGUGUUAAACCAGUGCAACUAGUGACCCAAAAUUAGAAUGUGUGGAAUAUUUGCUUAUCUAAAUUACCUUACCCCCAAGUCUCGCCACGAAGUUUUGGACUUGCUUCUAAAUGGAUUAAGACGUUUGGAAUAUCGUGGCUACGAUUCAACAGGUGUGGCUAUAGAUUCACCGCAAGCCAAUGAUAUUGUAAUGGUGAAGCGUUGCGGAAAAGUAAAGGUUCUAGAGGAUGCCAUAACUGAACAUUUUAGUGGUAAAGAAUAUGAUGAACCCGUAAUGACACAUGUCGGUAUAGCGCAUACGCGUUGGGCUACCCAUGGUGUACCAUGUGAAACUAACUCCCAUCCACAGCGAUCCGACGAUGAGAAUAGCUUCGUUGUAGUUCAUAAUGGUAUCGUUACCAAUUAUAAAGAUGUAAAAACAUUUUUGGAGAAGCGGGGGUACAUUUUUGAAUCAGACACGGAUACAGAAGUCAUUGCUAAACUGGUGCAUCACCUGUGGAAGAAGCAUCCAGGAUAUUCGUUUAGAGAACUUGUGGAGCAAGUGAUUCAACAACUGGAGGGUGCCUUUGCAAUUGCAAUUAAGUCAAAGCACUUCCCUGGAGAAUGUGUGGCUUCCAGACGUGGUUCACCACUACUUGUUGGUAUUAAAACGAAGACCCGCUUAUCCACUGAUCAUAUACCUAUUUUAUAUGGAAAAGACGAAAAGUCACCGCAAACUUGUGAAAAAGACACAGAAGCACCCAAGACGAAAGUGUUGCCACGCACAGAGAGUACAUCCGAAUUUAUGCCAUUGGAGGAAAAGGAGGUUGAGUACUUCUUCGCAUCGGAUGCUUCAGCUGUCAUUGAACACACGAAUCGAGUAAUUUAUUUAGAGGAUGAUGAUGUCGCCGCUGUUCGCGAUGGAACACUGAGCAUCCACCGUCUGAAGAAAUGUCUAGAUGAUCCACAUGCACGUGAAAUUACAACAUUAAAAAUGGAAAUCCAACAGAUCAUGAAGGGCAACUACGACUAUUUUAUGUUGAAAGAGAUUUUCGAGCAGCCCGAAUCAGUGGUCAACACCAUGCGUGGGCGCGUACGUUUUGAUUCCAAAUCUGUAGUACUAGGAGGUAUUAAAGACUUUAUACCAGAAAUUAAACGUUGUCGUCGGCUAAUGUUGAUUGGUUGCGGCACAUCAUAUCACAGCGCCGUAGCCACUCGACAAUUACUGGAAGAGCUCACGGAAUUGCCUGUUAUGGUUGAACUGGCGUCCGAUUUCCUCGAUCGCAACACGCCCAUAUUCCGUGAUGACGUCUGUUUCUUUAUUUCGCAGUCGGGUGAGACCGCCGACUCUCUGAUGGCCUUGAGAUACUGUAAACAACGAGGUGCUCUUAUUGUCGGUAUAACUAAUACAGUCGGAAGUAGUAUAUGUCGUGAAUCUCACUGUGGCGUUCACAUUAAUGCUGGACCUGAAAUUGGUGUUGCCUCAACCAAGGCUUAUACUUCACAAUUCAUUUCAUUAGUGAUGUUUGCUCUUGUUAUGUCUGAAGAUCGACUUUCGCUGCAGCAACGUCGUUUGGAAAUCAUACAGGCAUUAUACGAGCUCCCAGAUCGUAUUAGACAGGUCUUAAAACUUGAUAGUCAGGUUCAAGAAUUAGCCAAGGAUCUCUUCCAACAUAAAUCCUUACUUAUUAUGGGCCGCGGCUAUAACUUUGCUACUUGUUUGGAAGGAGCACUGAAAGUAAAAGAAUUGACAUAUAUGCAUAGUGAGGGUAUCAUGGCGGGAGAACUUAAGCAUGGCCCAUUGGCACUCAUUGAUGAUCGCAUGCCAGUUAUGAUGAUUGUUUUGCGAGAUCCAGUUUAUAUCAAAUGUAUCAAUGCCUUACAACAAGUAACGUCACGUAAGGGCUGCCCAAUAAUUAUCUGCGAGGAAGGCGAUGAAGAAACAAAGUCUUAUUCAUCUCGUUCUCUGGAGAUACCGCGCACAGUAGACUGUCUCCAAGGCAUUCUAACGGUCAUCCCAAUGCAAUUGCUCUCAUACCAUAUUGCCGUGCUCCGUGGCUGUGAUGUUGAUUGCCCUCGUAAUUUAGCGAAGUCCGUAACCGUGGAGUGAUGAUUUCCGUCCAAUUGUUUAUAUACUUGUAUUUAAAAUAUUUACAUAUAUACAUAUGUAUGUAUGGCUGGUUUUUAUACACUUGGUACUCUACUUAUAUACGUAUAGGUACAUGUGUACAUAUAAUUAUACAUUAAUUGAUUGAUAUUAACAGUGAUUUUAUGUACAUAUACAUAUGUAUGUAUGUAUAUGGCUCCUUGAAUAUGUUUUAAUCUGUUUUCUAUAGAGCUGGGCCUUAGGAUUUAAAACCAUAUUUACACAAUUUUAAUAAAACAAAAUUUACAAUAAUAUAAAGAACAACAUUGUGAACAUCUUGGAUAAUACCUGAUGUCAAUUCUUAUGAAAGCUUGUCAAAAGUUGUUCGGUAGAAAUGGAAUGGUCGAAUACAUAUUCCUGAAAUAUCUGUUAUCUUAUACAUAUAUUAACGAAUGAACAUACUGAGUUUUUAGUACUUAUAUACAAAUCUCUUAACUGUUAAAUGGUGGGCAAAUACUUUCAGAUGGUGCCAAACUAUAUAUUAAAAAACCAGAAUUCAAAAUACUUUGUUCGAAGGAACAGAAUGGAUUUCAGUCAAAUUUGGUUUCAUUACUAAAUUUAACGUGUCCGAAAUAUUAAUAUUAAGAUCAACCUCAUAACUCAAAAAAGAUAUAUGAAAAAUAAACUCAAUUGAAGGGGCUACAUUUUAUUUAUGGGUAUACGAAGAA